CAUUAUUUUCAGCGCAGGACAUCAAAGUGUCAAAACUAGCUCCUGGAGUAUUAGGGCUCCCAUUGUAAGCCUGUACAUCAAAGCGUCCAAACACCAAAAAGUCAUCCAAUUCCAUUAGGCAAGGCCACAAAGGGAGAAGAGGAUUUCUUGCCCACUAAGUCGUCUCCGUUCUCAAAUCAUAUUCAGCUAUGUCGACGAUGGAUCGAUCGUCCGUGUUCUCGAAUCGGCGACUAAGGAUAGCCAGCUCUCGCUCUCGCCUGAUCGAUCUCGGCGAGCUAUAGGUGGAUCGUCCAUGGCGGCGGUGGCGGCGGUCAGCGCGUCGCAGGGUGCCAUGCGGCCCCUUGUGAGGAAGCUCGACUCGCUUCUGCGGCCGCCUGAGCAGCGGCCGCUGCGGAAGGGGGACAGGAAGAAGAUCCUCCUGCUCAGAGACGACCUCCACAGCCUGCUCGAUGGAUACCUCGUCGUGGAGCCGCCGGACACGGCGACGACGGCGGCGUGCUGGGCGAAGGAGGUGCGCGAGCUCUCCUACGACGUCGAUGACUUCGUCGACAAGCUAACGACCCAGCUCCGCUGCGGCGGCGAUGGCAGCCGCAGCAGUGCUGCUGCAGCUGCCAAGAAGACGGGCAUGGUCGCCAGGCUUCGAGGUGAGCUCAACCGGCGGCGAUGGAUCGCCGACGAGAUCGCCCGGUUCAGAGCCCGCGUGAAGGAGGCCAUCCGCCGGUACGAGAGCUACAAUCGAGGCGGCAGGUGCGGCUCGAGGCCGAGGGAGGAGGACGACGAACGGGGCCGGCGGUUUCUGUCGCUGACGUUGGGGAUGGACAACAUGCACGUCCAGAUCGCUGGCAGGGAUAGCUUGAUGAAAUCGCUCGUGCAGUGGCUCGCCGGCGAUGACAAGGCCACGCCAGCGCUCAAGGUGGGGUCGAUUCUUGGACCCGGCGGUGUCGGCAAGACGACGGUGGCCACAGAAGUGUACCGGCUCCAUGGCCGGCGAUUGGAGUGCCGGGCCUUCGUGCGGACGUCUCGGAAACCCGACGUGGCGAAGAUCCUCGCCGACAUGCUGUCGCAGCUGCGACCACAGCAUCAGCAUCAGUGUUCGGACGUUUGGGAGGUUGAUCAACUCGUCGAAACUAUCAGGGCGCAUUUGCAAGAUAAGAAGUACUUCAUCAUAAUUGAAGAUUUAUGGGCUUCAUCAACGUGGGAUAUUAUUAGCCGUGGUUUGCCAGAGAAUAAUUGUUGCAGUAGAAUAUUAAUGACAACAGAAAUUAAAUCAGUAGCUUUGGCAUGCUCUGGUUAUAACUCGGAGCACAUUUUUGAGAUUGAUCCACUGAAAGAUGAUGUCCCAAGAGAACUGUUUUUCAGUAGAGUUGUAGGCGAAGGAAAUGAAUUUCCUGGACAGCAUGCUGAAGUUUCUUAUGACAUAAUAAAAAAAUGUGGUGGUUUGCCACUAGCAAUAACUAUCACAGCCAGACAUUUUAAAAGCCAGCUGUUAGAUAGUUUACAGCAAUGGGAUCACAUACAAAACUCAUUGACUACUGCCAAUUUGAAGAAAAAUCCUACUUUGCAGGGGAUGAGACAAGUGCUCAAUCUUAUUUACAACAAGCUUCCUAAUUGUUUGAAAGCAUGUAUGCUAUAUCUUAGCAUCUAUAGAGAGGACUACAUAAUCAGGAAGGAUGACUUGGUGAAGCAAUGGAUGGCUGAAGGUUUCAUUGAUUCAACAGAAAACGAAGACAUGGAAGAAGUUGGAGGGAACUAUUUUGAUGAACUUGUUAGUAGGGGACUGAUCCAACCAGUAGAUAUCAACUGCAAGAAUGAGGUAUUGUCCUGUGUAGUGCACCACAUGGUGCUCAAUUUCAUCAGAUGCAAGUCGAUAGAAGAGAACUUCUGCAUCACAUUGGAGCAUUCUCAAACGGCAGCAAGAUAUGCCGACAAGGUUCGCCGACUGUCUCUUCACUUUGGCAGUGCACAAGUUGAUGCAACAACACUACUAACAGGUUUGAGACUGUCCCAAGUUCGAUCAAUGGCAUUUUUUGGGCAAGUCAAGUGCGUGCCUUCCAUUGCAGAGUACAGGCUUCUUCGAGUUCUGAAUCUUCAGUUCUGGGCUCACCAAGAGAAAACAAGCUGCGACCUGACAAGCAUCUCUGAAUUGUUACAGCUGAGAUAUCUGAAGAUCAUCACAGGUAACAUCACAGCCAAACUUCCAGAAAUGAUGCAGGGGCUGCAGUACCUGCAGACACUGGAAGUAGACGCAAGAACAGCUGCUGCCUCGUUCGAGACUGUUCAAACGGAGCGUCUGCUGCACCUUCGUCUUGUGCUGCUCGAGCGGCUCCCUGACAGUCGGUAUGUGUUCACCAGCAUCCCCAGCUGGAUUGGGAAGCUAGACAGGCUACGCGUCUUAAACAUCGCAGUGAUGCAGAUCUCCCAGGAUGAUCUUGACACUCUCAGAGGAUUGCCUGCUCUCAGUGCUCUCUCACUUCGUGUCCAGACAGCACCUGCACAGAGGAUCGUCGUUGCGAAUGAGGGCUUCUGGGCUCUGAGCUACUUCAUGUUCGCCUGUACUGCACCAUGCAUGGCUUUUGUCGAGGGAGCAAUGCCCAGAUUAGAGAGGUUCAGUGUGAGGUUCAAUGCAGAUGAAUUCAAACAGUACGGACCUGCAGAGCCUGGGUUUGAGCAUCUGGCAUCGCUUCAAGAGAUCUCUGCAAGAAUUGAGGGCCCUGAUGCUGAUGCUGACCAAUCUGACAAAGAGGAAGUGGAGUCUGCCUUGAAGACUGCAAUUCGCAGGCACCCAAGAAACCUUGUCGUCAACAUACGAUGGGUUGAUUGGAUCUUUGGUGUUGAAGAGAGAGACUCGGAUGAAGAUGAUAGUGGGGUAUGUAUGCUAUCGAAGUCCUCUUCACAUCAACGGAAUAGAGAUUCAAAAGAAUGGGAAGAUCGAAAUUUUAAAAUGACCUUGAAGGAAGCUGGCGACAUGCAAGCUGGUAGCAGCCGGCAAAGAGUAGAAGAGGAAACGGCCUUCGGCGUGGAAGGGAUGGUGACCGAGUGCCACACCAUGGAUGAGUUCUGGUAUCUCAUGGACCAGGCAAUGGAGUCUCGCAAGCUCGUGGUCAUCGAGUUCAGUGCUUCCUGGUGUGUGCCCUCACGCAUGAUCGCUCCGGUCUUCGCUGAGUAUGCCAAGGAAUUCGCAGGCGCGGUUUUCCUGAAGGUUGACAUCGAUGAUCUGGAGGCCAUCGCGGAGUCGUACGACAUCGACGGAGUAGUGCCUACUUUUGCCUUCGUCAAGGAUGGGCAGAAGAUUGACAUGAUCCAAGGUGCCAAGUCCCUCCGCGCGAAGAUCCAGAUGCACACCGCUUCUCCUCACUUCCUAACUUCGUAGCUAGGGGCCUAGGGUGGUUUCAUUUAAGGUCUUUGUGUAGCGUAGUUUGGUGCUUCUAUUGUCAAUUUGUGGUGCCUCUCAAUACCUCAAAAUUAACAAGGGAGGUACAUGGAGGUAUACCACAAGUAAUCGAUGAAAAGAGGUUGUAAAUAGUCGUGCUACCUCUUAACACCUCAUCUGUGUGGGCUUCAACCCCAGGCCAUUUCAUGUGGAGAAAAUUGCUAUCAUACCAUCUUCAAUGUGUGCAUUGCCUCAUAUGCCAUCGUAGAAUUUGCA